UCUUGGCUACAAUACAAACAGUGAUGGAAAACACAUGAGCAGUAACAAGCUUUAAUCUUGCUUCUCAGCACUAACAUGGGCUAAUCUGUGGAAGCAGCUUACCCCAGGGGCAGCCACACGGUCCUCUGUACAUGUGACACCUCCUCUCCUUGCAGCGUACAUGAGGACAUCCCUGCAGAGAAGUGGCACAUGCUGGGGAACUCGACUUUCUUGAGGACUUGCUCUCUUCUUACAAGUCUUAGACUGGCCCUGUCCACAAGACAACAUGAAGGAGUGUGUGCUCCUGGUUUUCUUGGCUUUGUGCUCUGCCAAACCCUUAUUUCGUCCUUCAUACAUGACGCUGAAGAAUAUGAUGCUGAAGGACAUGGAAGAUGAAGGUGAUGGUGACGGUGAUGUUGACAACUCUCUUUUUCCAACAAGAGAGCCAAUUAACCCCUUCUUCCCAUUCGAUCUGCUUCCAACAUGUCCGUUUGGGUGCCAAUGCUACUCAAGAGUUGUGCACUGUUCUGAUCUAGGCUUGUCCUCUGUCCCAAGCAACAUUCCAUUGGAUACUCGAAUGGUUGACCUUCAAAACAAUAAAAUUAAGGAAAUCAAAGAAAAUGAUUUUAAAGGACUCACUUCACUUUAUGCUUUGAUCCUGAACAACAACAAGCUAACAAAGAUACACCCCAAAGCCUUUCAAACCACAAAGAAGUUGAGAAGAUUGUAUUUGUCCCACAAUCAACUAAAUGAAAUACCACUUAAUCUUCCUAAGUCAUUAGCAGAACUCAGAAUUCAUGAUAAUAAGGUUAAGAAAAUACAAAAGGAAACAUUCAAAGGGAUGAAUGCUUUACAUGUUCUGGAAAUGAGUGCAAACCCUCUCGAAAGCAAUGGGAUUGAGCCAGGGGCGUUUGAAGGGCUGACAGUGUUCCAUGUCAGAAUCGCAGAAGCAAAACUGACCUCAAUUCCUAAAGAGCUACCAUCAACUUUAUUAGAGCUUCAUUUAGAUUAUAAUAAAAUUUCAAAUGUGGAACUCGAGGAUUUUAAACGAUACAAAGAUCUGCAAAGGCUGGGCCUAGGAAACAACAGAAUCACAGAUAUUGAAAAUGGGAGUCUUGCUAACAUACCACGCAUAAGAGAAAUACACCUGGAACACAAUAAACUAAAAAAAAUCCCUUCAGGAUUACAGGAGUUGAAAUACCUCCAGAUAAUCUUCCUUCAUUCGAAUUCAAUUACGAAAGUGGGAGUGAAUGAUUUCUGCCCAACAGUGCCAAAGAUGAAGAAAUCUUUAUACAGUGCAAUAAGUUUAUUCAAGAACCCGAUGAAGUACUGGGAAAUACAACCAGCAACAUUUCGUUGUGUUUCGAGUAGAAUGAGUGUUCAGCUUGGGAACUUCAGAAAGUAGUAAUUACCAAUGAAUAAUGUCCAUUUAAUAUAAAAUUUAAAAGCUGUUACAUUUAGGAUACUUGAGCUCUAUUAAUAAUGGUGGUAUUAUGCUCAGAAGCAAAAAUCUAUUCCCAUGUGGUACAUCCAGUGACUUUACUUUAGGACAAAAAAUUUCAUCAGAAUUUUGCAAAACUAUUGAUACAUCUAAAUUAAGAGAAACAGCAUCAAUUGCAGUUUUCUUAUGCACACAAAUGAUUUUGCAUAAAUCUCAUGCUUAAAUAUUCUCUCAAAAAAA